GGCUGAGCGGAGGGGACAGCUCCAGUGCUGAUCUUAGAGCCGAUCAGGAAGCAGAAGGCGAGAGUGCGCGGAACCUGAACUGUCAUUUUUAUUUCUAUUUUCCUUUUUAUUCAGGGGACAAUCCUACCAGGGGAAUUGUCUUUUGGCUUCCAGCUGUACAAACCCACCCCCUCCCCCUCACAUAAAUAAGACAAAGGAAGAGACAGAAAGACCAUGAGACACGAAGCUCCCAUGCAGAUGGCGUCCGUACAAGAUGCCCGAUAUGGACAAAAAGACACGUCUGAUCAGAACUUUGAUUAUAUGUUCAAGCUGCUGAUUAUUGGCAACAGCAGCGUUGGGAAAACAUCCUUCUUGUUUCGCUAUGCUGACGACUCCUUUACUUCUGCCUUCGUGAGCACCGUCGGUAUUGAUUUCAAGGUCAAAACUGUCUUCAAAAAUGAGAAAAGAAUUAAACUCCAAAUCUGGGACACAGCUGGGCAGGAGAGAUAUCGCACAAUUACUACUGCUUAUUACAGAGGGGCAAUGGGAUUUAUUCUAAUGUACGACAUUACUAACGAGGAGUCCUUUAAUGCAGUGCAGGACUGGUCAACCCAAAUAAAAACGUAUUCUUGGGAUAAUGCCCAAGUGAUAUUGGUCGGAAACAAAUGCGACAUGGACGAUGAAAGAGUUAUUUCCGCUGAAAGAGGAAAACACCUUGCGGAGCAACUUGGUUUCGAGUUUUUUGAAACAAGCGCUAAAGAUAACAUCAAUGUGAAGCAAACCUUUGAGCGGCUGGUGGAUAUCAUUUGUGACAAAAUGUCAGAGAAUAUUGAAACAGACGCAGCAGCUACGACUGCGAAACAGACCACAAGACUAACAGACAAGGCACCACCACAGCAACCCAACUGCGGAUGUUAAUAGUCUCAUCCAUGAGUGUGUUCAAUUGCCAAUAAGUAUUUUAAAAACAAAAGGAAAAAAAAAAAUGAAAAAGGUCCAUAGUAAGCUUUCCCUUUCUACUGCCUUCAUAUCUACUUGAAGAAAAUCAGAUCAGAGCUUUUAUUUUGUAUGGUAAACUGGUGAUGGCAAGAAGGAGGCUGGUAUAUUCUAGUACUGAGGAGCAUUGCCUGUUUCUGUUUUUCAACUCCCUGCUGAAGUUCAGCAACAGAUAUAAAAUGAUAGGCUAGACCAGGAACGGGCAAUAGAAAAUACCCCUGAUGUUGUUGAGCUGCAAUUCCCAACAUCCCAUCGCCAGUCACAACAACAUCUGGAGUUCCUUCAAUUGACCAUCCCUGGAUUAGACAUUGGAGAAUGAGAUAUUAUAAUCCUGGGGUGGCAAUCCUUUGGCACUUCCCCUGUUUCUGAUGUUCAACUCCCGGCUGAAGCUCAGCAACAGAUGGAAAACUGCAGGUUAGACCUGACACAAGCAAUUGGAGGCACUCCUUGAUGUUGUGGAGCUGCAGUUUUCCCCCUAAACAACAUCUGGGGGUUCUUCAAUUGUCCAUACCUGAGAAGACAUUGCUUUUUAACAAAUGUCAUUCAUUUCAGCUGUUUGCAGAAAUGGCUUUAUACACUCUAAAUAUCAGUGUGCUUUUUAUGAGGCGAGUGUUUUCAUUAAUGUAAUAUGAUCCAUACAUUGGGUUCAUUCUUUGUUAGUUCAAGGUUUCCAGUCUUGCUCUGUGUCCUGUACAUUUCCCCCAACCUAUCUAGAGCUUUCUCUCUUUCAUCAAAUGACUCAACAUAUACCAAUUGUAUCCCUAAUCUAUGCCCUUAAAUAUUUAUUAAAGGGCAAAAAUAUUACUGUAUUCUUUUAGUUAAUUGCUUUCUGAGUUCAUGUCAUUAUGAUAAUUUGUUCAGCUUUUUUUCUGGUAAAUAUCUUACCUUUGGGGCUUA